UAGAUCUAUAUAUAGAUCUAGCUACACGUACAAUUAGACGGAUCCGGGUUGGACUUUUUUAAAAUGGCACCUUCUCCUUCUUCAAAGAAAAUUGUUGCAGCUGGGAGACAUAAGUGUUCUUUUUGUUCCAAUUAUUAUGGCGAUGUUGUCGAAGGACGAGUUGUUAAAUUACACAGAGUGCCUGCAAAUAAGUUUCUUGGACAAGCACUGGAACGGCGAUUACGACUACUUCGACCAGAUUAUAGAACAUUGAAACAACCCCGUGUAUGCUCUGAGCAUUUUGUUGGCAAACAAGGAUCGAUUCUUGGCGAUGAUAUUCCUAGAUCUAUUAAGUUAAUGAAGUAUCGCAAACCUACGUCUACGACUACGGGUUCACAGAUUUCACAUCAUGCAAAUGCUGAGCAAGAACUGUCAAAGGAAGUUUCAUCAUCAACAAACCCAGCAUUAUCUCAUGAAGAAGAUCACCUUACUGAUCCGGAAUUUUCUAUGCUUCAUCAUGAUUAUGCUUUGAAAGUAGAACAGUCCAAAUUAAUCGCAAGUCCAUCACUUGCGUGCCAGACUGAUAUUUGCACGACUAAUACUUCAACUCAGACCAAUGCAAUCAUUCUUAAUAGUAAGUGGUUUCAUUUUAAUUGUGAUUCUCAGCAAACACAGACUGACAUCCAAACGGAAAGUACUCCCAUGCAUUUUGAGCAUGUUUGUAAUAACGAUGCAACAGUUCGUCUGUACACUGGUCUUAAAGACAGGGCUACUUUUCAAGCAUUGUUUGAUAAGCUGGCAACUCCGGAUAUCCUUUCUUUUGAUGCUGGAAGAAAAAAUAUUCUCAGGCCUGUUGACCAGUUCUUUAUGACACUUAUGCGUCUCAGACUGGGUUUGGUGUUAGGAGAUUUAUCCUUCAGAUUUUCCAUAUCGACACCAACUUGCUCAAGAAUUAUAAAUAGAUGGAUCGAUAUCAUGUAUGAACACCUUUCCUUUCUGAUCUAUUGGCCCACACGUAAUCAAAUAAAUGCUACAAUGCCUGAGGACUUUCAAGAAUUAUUUCCAAACACAAGGGCCAUUAUUAGCUGUACUGAACUGCUAACAGAAACACCACUGAUAUUGAUUGACCAAUCGUUAAAGUUCAGCCAGUCCAAAGCAAAUAUGACCUGGAAAGGUUUAAUUGGAAUAACUCCUAAUGGUGUUAUUUCAUUUGUGUCUGACCUUUGGCCUGGACCAAUCGAUGACAAACAAAUUGUUGAGCAAUCAGGACUUCUAGAUUUGUGUGAAAAAGGAGAUAUAAUUAUUGGAGAUGAUACAUUUCUCAUUUCGGAUUUGACAACACCAUUAGGCAUUCAGUUAAUCACACCGCCUAGAAAGAAACCUACGAAGCAUAUGACCAAUGCAGACAUACUUCUAAAUAGACAUAUUACUCAGGUGCACAUUCAUUUGGAGAAACACGUGGAAAGGAUAAAAAAAUUUCGAAUUCUUCGAAACCUAGUUGGAACAAUGAAAGCUAAUGUUUCAAAGAUCUGGAAAAUUUGUAACUAUUUAACAACAUUAAAUUGAAUCCAUUUGUUUUGUUUUUAAGAUAGUCCGCAAACAGAUCACUGUUACUUCUUUUUGUUGCCACUGUCUGUUUUAUAUAUGGAUAAAUUAGUGAGCCAUAUUGACCAGUGUUUGGGCAUCUAAGUCAUUUUGAGUCCACUCCUUAUUGAACAGUCAACUGUCACUGUUUGUCUGCUUGAUAUAUUUGUUGGCUGGAGUUGGUUUCAAGUGGGCUAUGAGUUUACAAUAUAUGCCACUAUGCAAAGUUCCCCUUUCGGACCUUGUGGUCUGUAGGGCAGAUGAUGUAAAGGUUAUCUGUUUCUGUGGCCUACAGUUAACAAGGGUGUCAUGUGGCCAGCACAACAACUAACUGCCGUUACUUUUCCCCAACUAAUGUCAGGUACCCAUCAGAGCUGGAUGGACCAGAGACACUUGAAGAUUCCCAAAUUAAAUAUCACAGUCUUCAUCAGGAUUCGAAACCCUGACCACGGUUCGGAAGCCAAGCACUUUACAAAUCAGCCACAGUGCCUCCCGAUAUGCCAUUAUGGUAUAUGUUAAUUCCUUAGACGCUAAAAUGAAAAUGCCACAAUAAUUGUAUUUUUUUUACAACUACAUAUUCAUCAUAUUUGAAAAAAAAAAUGUUUUGUUUUAAUUGAUGUGGCAGUCAUAGAAGAAUUUAGUGGAAAUUAUACCAGAUUUUGACUAAAUUUAAAUCGACCUAACAAUAACGUUCUUGCGAAGUGUUUGCUGUGUUUAGAUUAGAUGUCCUGUGCAACUUGUAUUACUUAUCGGACCCUCCUACUAUUAAAUCAUAGUUCACCAUAUGUAUUAAAAUUUGAACCAUUUAUGAAAGUAACUAUCACAAUAGAACACCUGCAUGUGACCAUUGUCAUGUUUGUAAUGCUUAUUGCUAAAAUGCAUGAAUCUUUAAAAGCAACUAACAUAUGAGACAAGAAAUAUUGCUACUUUUCUUCAACAAAAUAUCAUAGAAGUUUAGCUAUUUCAUGUAAACAUACUAGAUACUUUACAUUCAUGUUCAGUUCUGUUUUUAUUUGUAUGUAUCAUUUAAAAAUAUUUGGACAUUGUUAAUAAAAUUCUUCAAUGAAUUCA